GCAGUGCGCAUCCACGAUCUCGUCCUGCGAGACUCGAACCUAGGACAUAUCGGUUUCGCGCGCGAGCGCUUACCUUCUAGACCACUGAGCCGGCAUGCAACGGUGUAUUUAGUAGAAGUAACUAUCACAAUAAAUCCAUGUAAAGAGUAUAGCAAAUUAAUUUUCUUCACAGACCGUAACACAAUAAUACGUUGUUAGGUAUUCGAAUAACCAUUUAUUUGUGAUAUGGCUUAUGUUGGCCACAUUAUAUCUAUGAAUAAGCUACCUUACACUAAGUAUAGUUAAAAUUGACCAGUUAUUAUUUCUAAUUAUAACUCACUAGUCUAAGGACAUUAUGCUGAUCAUGUGAUAUGAGUUUCAAGUUUGAUGCAGAGUAAAGUCGUUACAAAACUAACACAAAAUGUUAAUUUAACAUUUCCCAUUUUUCAACGGUUCUUCAGUUGAUAAUAAUCCAUGCUAAGCUGUUACCUAAAUUAAUAGUAUCCUUAAGAAGUUUUGAAUUGAAACACUAAUAUUUUGUACACGAAGCAGUUAAGUCUACUAUUUUGAAAACUUAAUACAUCUUCACUAUUUCUGAGGCACUAACUUCGCUGAUAUUUCUGGAAAAACCUAUUAAUGAACCAAAAUGAAUAAGAAACUGUGGCUAAAAUAUGGUAAUGAACUACUUUGAAAGAUCUGAUAACAAAAUUUGUUUAAUAACAUUCUAUUUUUUACUUUGUACGACGGGAUACGAUUGAAACAACCGGAAAAUGCAACUUUAUAUAUCUAUCAAAUAAUUAUAUCUUUCAAUUUAUAUGUUCUUAUUAUAAUAAGACAAAUACGAAGGACCGAUUAGUAUUUCAAAUAGUUGGAUGAGUGAAAUAUUUUUGUUCCUCUAAACAAACAUUAUUCCCUAUUAAUUUUUACUUGUAAAACUACAAAUGCGUACAAAUAUAAGUGAGGUACUCGGUCACGUGGCAAUGAUUAUUAUUAUUAUGUAAUGUUAUUAUUCAUUACGUUGUAAACAAACAAGUUCUAAUUCCUUCCAAUUCAGAUCACCCUCUUUUAUCCUGUUAGUUACUCUCUUGGUGCUAUUAGAAUAAACAAUACAAUUAUGUUCAUUGUUUUUUUAGGCAUAUAUUUACUUUUACGGUAUGUAUAUGUAUGUGAAAUUUAAAUAGAUUCAUCAUGAGGACAAUGAAUUCAUUAUUGUCUUUUGUAAUAUGUAAAACAAGUUCAUAAUAUAUAACAACUGUUAACUAAAUUACCGAAAACCGUUUGGCACAUGGUAUUUUUUGUACAAGACUGUGUAUGUAAUAACACAGUGACUUUAAAUAUCAGUUAAUUUUACCUAUAAUUUACAUCGUUUCAGCUUUAAAUCAAUCACUUUUACUAAUCCCAUGAUAUUCAGAUGAUGUACACUGAUAGAACAUGAAAUGCUAACUGUUAAAUUAAUAAAGUGAUCAGGGUUGAUCUAAGCUUGUUAAUCAAAUUUGGGAUGAACAUAUUCGAUUAUGAUAACUAGUAAAACUAAUGUACAGUAAUAACAUUAUAUGUAGUUAUUUCCACAGAUUUAAAGAAUAUGAAACACGAUGAAGUAUGAGUUCGAAAUUACGUUAACUUCAGUAAAAAUUUGCACUUAGAUGGUAAUAUCAGUGCCAUUCUCUCAGGAAUUAUCGAGUACAAUGAAUACCAUGAAAAACGAGAAUAUACAAACCCUUGUAAAUAAAAUUCAUACCUAUUGAAUAAGCUUGCAGAUGUCUGGAAUCAGUGGCUCAGUGGAUAACGCGUUAGCAUUUGAAGUAAAACUAGUGUGAACAUCAACAGUGAAGUGUAUGUGAGUCCAGUGAACGAAUCUUAAAAAGAACAUCCUAAAGAGAAUGAAACCCGUGUUCUGGAUUCCAUUUCUAGUCAUUAUCAAACUUCAAUAACAAAUAAAUGCAAUUAUUUCAUGUCGUAAAACAGUAUAUCUUAGCAGGUAUAUCCUUGGUCUCCAGCUUUUGGUUGGCUUGACAUUGGAGACGAAGUUCUAGAAAUUGAAGGUCAUUUAGGUACUGAAUUAACAGAAGAAGAAUCUCAUUCACUUGCUGAAUUGAAAAGUAAUUAUCUACGACUUGGAAUUCGACGCUUACCAAUGUUUAGUAAUCAGUAUAUGGGAACAAGGCCAGCUUCUAGAAAUCUUUCAAGAGCUGCCAGUACAACAGUUUAUGGUCAAUCUGGACCGUAUUCUAGACUAUAUGCACAGCAACCUCAACAGAAACCAGUCAAUGCCAAGGAUAAUAAUGAUGCUGAACCAGAAGAAGUUGAUUACAGUUUUAUGAAUUUACCAGUUCGUGAAAGACGAAAACUUUUUCUUGGUGGAGGUCAACCACCCAGUAUUCAAAGAGGUUAUCUACAUUCAUUAACAAUGCCAAGAAAAAGAAACGAUGUAAAUAAUUUUCAUAAUCGAUAUGAAACUCAAUCGGAAUAUGGUGGAACAGAUAAUAACUUUGGAUGGGAUGCUCCAAUAACCCCAACAUGGGCUAGAGAAAAUCGUUCAACUAAUACUAGUGAACCAGUAAAAUCAAGAACAACUAAAACAUUCAGUUUGUCUACUGGACCAUCAGAAAAAUCAUUUCAACAACAAUUCACUCAAUACGUUGCUGGACCACCUUCACCUUGUUACAAUCAGAAUCCACCUGCUGCUUCAAACUAUUUCAAUAAUGUGCAACCGAAAUCUAAUUAUAGACAAAACUAUCCUCAAUACUCUGCUACCAUACAUGUUCAAGAAUCACAUCCAACUGGGAACAUAACAUCUGGAAGAGUAUACAAUGGAAACUCAACACGUAUCUACCCAGUUAAACAAUAUAACUCAAGUUCAUCACCUGUUAGACCGAUUACACCUUCAUCAGUCUACCCAUCAUAUAAUUCGUACAAUUCAAUAUCACGUGGUUCAGGUAGAGUUGUACAACCUCUACGUGUAAAUGUAUACAACAGCGAUAAUGCAUCUACGGUAUUCAGUCCACAUAAGAAAGUAGAAAGCUCUCCCAACUGGAAUCCUAGUUCACCUAUUUAUCCAGCAUAUCCAGCUUAUAUGGAUAAAUCAAAUCAUGUUGAUAUUCAGCCUUUACGUUAUAGACGAGAGCAAUCUGUUCGACCAGUAACAAUUUAUUCAACAAAUAAUCCAACAACUAAUACAACAAUUGAAACGAAACAAAUAUGGAAAGCUAUACCAGCUCAAAAUUGGUCAGAUACACAAAGAACAGUACGUAGUGGUACAUUUAUAACUACAACGAAGAAACUUCCUAAUGGACGUCGUCCAGAUGUUAACAAUGAAUCAUCAGGCGUGUCAGAGUUUUAAACAUCAAUAUCUGUUUGGAUUUAACAACGGUAGCGCUUCACAACUACUUAUAUAUUGUCAUAUAUGAAAUAAAAAGCAUUUAAUCAUUUUUAGUAGUACAUAUUACAUCAGAAAAUAAUAUAGAACCAAAUAGGUUCAGCCGAACAAGAAUUGCUCUUCAAUAUAGUAAUUUAUUUCCCAAGAUUAAACCUAGUCAUUUGUUUUACCCUCAUUUUAGUUCUAUUUAAAUCGUUAACUAAGGUGACAUAUUUGUUUGUUUGUUUUUGUUUUGAUUUUUUUUCGUUAUGGUUUUCGUCUACAAACACUAAUGAGAUAAAAAGAAAAGCUAAUUAUUAAUUUAUAUAUGAUUAUGUUUUUCGUCUUGUCGAAAAUCGAUUCUCAUUACCUUCUUCUUUCUCCUCUUAAAUGUUAUUUCGUGGGAUUACAUUUUUCAUUUAAGUUGAAGAUUUUGACUCUUAAAUUUAUUUUAUUGUAAUUCAUUUAUGUUGAACAUAUUUAUCCUUGAAUUGCAUGAGUUUAUUGUGUCAGUUAUUCUUUUAAAACCAUUUUUAUUGUCUCAACUGACAAUCAUAGCUAUUAAAGUUAUUAUUGAUUUCUGUUAUUUCCUACAUCUCCUUGAUUUUAUCUUUUCAGAAUCUAAUCAAGUUACUUUAUAAUACUUUUUAACUUAAUGGCAUGAUACGCUUUAACUUAACAUGUACUUGUUUUCUAACCAAAAUCUUCUAUUUAAUUGAUUAAAUAAUACAAUGAAACAAAAAUACCAGCAGAAAUACAAACAUACUAAGCAUUACUUUAAAUGAAUUUUUGAAAGAUAUUGUGAUUAAAAUUCCCUUAUGAUUUGAUUAAACAAAUAAACUAUCUUCCUUUAUUGAUUUAAAGUGGGUUGUUUUUAAGAAAAAAAGUCUUUUAAGACUACUAUGAAUGGUUAAAUUAGUAGAAAUAUUUUUUUCGAAAAAAAAAUACAAUCAAAUCAUUUCAUAGUCAUUAUCUAAGUUUAUUGGAAUAAUCAUACAGAUUAUUGAAGUUGUGGUAUCGGUUGUUAUGUUAGGCUCAUAUACUUUAUUCUAACUUCUGGACAAGUCAAUCCACCUAUCCAUCAUGAGUCAUGUUUUCACCUUGUUAGUUAUUCACUUAUUAAUCCUGACCAUUUUUUAUAUGAGCGUAGAUGUGUGUACACUUGUUAUCCUAUUUAUCACAUGUCUGUCAUUUUUUUUCUUCUCUGACUAUAAAUAUUGAUUAACGCUUGAUUAAUAUGAGUUAACUUACCCGCCACCUCCGAUGCGCGCGUCAUUUUUGCUUCUCUGUCAUCUAUUCACUUUAUCACUCUGAUUCCCUAGUCAGAUCAAUGAGUGUGGAAAAUAUAUGUAUUCUAAAUCCAUUCUCGUAUUUGAUGUAUUUAACUCCGUUGUUCACCGACGUGGAUUGUCAUUUAUUACAUACGAGGAUAGACAGUACGUAUCUUUUGACAACAAACAAUCAUUCAUACGAUCGAAAAGGAAUAAGAUUUAGGCUACUACACAGAUUUGGCGAUCCCGACUUACGAACGCGAAGCGAAAUUGGUGCGAUCACGCAACAGAGUUGGCUUAUCAGCCAUCUACAAUGCGUGUCAUUUUCACUUCGCUCGCUGACAUUUACUCAUGUGCUUAUAACUUUCUGGUCUGCGUCAUUUAUCAAUAAAACUGUAGUUGCCGCUUC